AUGGCCUAUACAGAAAAGGUGUCACUUAAUGGCACUGCGCUUUCCUUUUUACUGUAUGAAUGUUUAAACUCCUCCAACAGCCAAGAAGGAUUUUUGAUUGGUGAUGUGACAUCUGAGAUUAGAAACCAUAUAUCCGAUUCUCAUAACGAUAGCGCUCGUUUAGACACUGAAAUAGCAAUAAGAACGGUAUUACCGUUACCAUCAGUUUCAUUGUUUUACCUACCUUCGGGUGGAAUUAAGGAAGACUUUAUUAAAGAGUUACUCUCCAAUGCUGCUAGUGAAGUUGUAGGUUGGUACAAGUACCGUAGAAAUAGUAGUUUAAAAGCAACAUUUCGGGACAAAUUAAUAUCAAAAGGACUGCAGAAAUAUUUUGUAAAAUAUCAUGGCAAGAAAACAUUCGUUACUUGUAACCUAUCAUCAAAAGCUACAUUAGGAGGCUCAACGCAUACAUUAAUUUAUAGAUUUGGAAAAAUUAAUUGUUUUGAUAUGUAUGAAUAUAUUGAAGAUGUAACUGCUAAUUUGGGUGAAAAACAAACUGGAUAUAAAAAGGUAAAUAGAUUAUCACCCCAUUGUAUAUUUAACAAAAUAGUUAAAGAAAGUAAAGUUUCCAGCAAUAAUGCUAAUGAUGCAAUAUUGAUAAUACAAGAAGCUGUAGAUGUUAGACUAAUUGAAGAAGCCAGAAUUGCUGCCAAAAAUGAAGCUACCUUAAGAGAGUUGGAGGCUGAAAUAAAACAAAUGAACUCAAUACUAGCUGAAAAGCAAGCAGCAGAUUUGGAGACAGCUUACAAUAAAUUACUGAAUGAUAAAUAUAUAGAUAAAGAAGUAGAAAUGGUUGACGCUUGUAUAGAGGCUUUGAAUUCGACUCCCUUAAUUGAUUUGCUCAGCUCUCCAAACAUAGUAAUAAGUAAUAGUCAAAACUUAACAGACCAGGAAAAUUCUAUACAACAAAUUGAAAAUAAUGUGAUUGAGAGAUCUCCUAGUCCCUCAUUACCAUCAAGUUCUAAAUCACCAAUGUUAAAUUAUGCUUCUGCUUUGAAAAAGAAAACUACUGAAAGUAAUACUUGUAAAAAACCCAAUAAUUGUGAUGAUUUAAUAACCUUUGAUGUGGAAGAAAAACCAGUACAAAAGCCAAUUAUUAUAAUAAAUGACAAUGCAACAUGUUUUGGUGGGAGUUCGCCUGAAUUAUAA